AUGGCUUCCACUUCGCUCGUUGCAACUAUCGUGUGUAGCAGCAUCAGCAGCACUGGUGGGAGAGCAACCUUACCAAGAAGCUUCUGCAAGAACCAUCACAGGCCACCUCUCAGGCCUCUCAGGAGAAGCUCCCUAUUCAGGUGCUCGCUGCGGGAGCAAAAUCAGGCGACGGAGAACCGGCCGGUCUCCUCCACUGCCGUUGCUCCUGACGAGCAAAAGGUUGAGGAGGCGAAGAAGGUGUCGUCGCAUCAUGCCGGAGGAGGGGGAGGAGAUCAUCAGGAAGGAGGUGAUGGCGAGGACAGCGAGAAGAAGAGCAGGGAUGAGCAGCAGGAGGUGGACUGGAGGUCGGACGAGGAGUUCAAGAAGUUCAUGGGCAACCCGUCCAUCGAGGCCGCCAUCAAGCUCGAGAAGAAGCGCGCCGACCGGAAGCUCCGGGAGCUCGACCGCGAGCCCGACGCCAGCCCGGUCGGCGGCCUGCUCCGUGGGUUCAUCAAGGGCACGCUGGAACGGGAGAAGCAGAGGCUGGAGGAGGCCGAGCAGACCUUCAAGGCGCUCGACCUCAACAAGCUCAAGAGCUGCUUCGGGUACGACACGUUCUUCGCGGUGGACGUGCGGAGGUUCGGCGACGGUGGCAUCUUCAUCGGCAACCUGAGGAAGCCCAUCGAGGAGGUGAGGCCGAAGCUGGAGAAGAAGAUCGCCGAGGCGGCAGGGACAGAGGUCACCCUGUGGUUCAUGGAGGAGAGGAACGACGACAUCACCAAGCAGGUCUGCAUGGUGCAGCCGAAAGCAGAGAUUGAGCUGCAGCUGGAGGUGACCAAGCUGAGCACGCCGUGGGGCUACCUGAGCGCCGUGGCCUUGGCCGUCACGACCUUCGGGACCAUAGCUCUCAUGAGCGGCUUCUUCCUCAAGCCUGGCGCGUCCUUCGACGACUACGUCUCCGACGUCCUCCCCCUCUUCGGAGGCUUCCUCUCCAUCCUCGGCGUGUCAGAGAUCGCGACGAGGUUGACGGCGGCGAGGUACGGGGUGAAGCUGAGCCCAUCGUUCCUGGUGCCGUCGAACUGGACGGGGUGCCUGGGUGUGAUGAACAACUACGAGUCGCUGCUGCCGAGCAAGAAGGCCCUGUUCGACAUCCCCGUGGCCCGCACGGCCAGCGCGUACCUGACGUCGGUGGUGCUGGCCGUCUCGGCCUUCAUCGCCGACGGCAGCUUCAACGGCGGCGAGAACGCCCUGUUCAUCCGGCCGGAGUUCUUCUACAACAACCCGCUGCUGUCGUUCGUGCAGCAGGUGAUCGGGCCGUACGCGGACGAGCUGGGGAACGUGCUGCCGAACGCGGUGGAGGGCGUGGGCGUGCCGGUGGACCCGCUGGCGUUCGCGGGGCUGCUGGGGAUCGUGGUGACGUCGCUGAACCUGCUGCCGGUCGGGCGGCUGGAGGGCGGCCGGGUCGCGCAGGCGCUGUUCGGGCGGCGCACGGCGGCGCUGCUGUCGUUCGGCACGUCGCUGCUGCUGGGGGCGGGCGCCGUCGGCGGCAGCGUGCUGUGCCUGGCGUGGGGGCUCUUCGCCACCUUCAUCCGCGGCGGGGAGGAGAUCCCGGCGCAGGACGAGAUCACGCCGCUGGGGAGCGAGCGCUACGCGUGGGGCUUCGUGCUCGCCGUCGUCUGCCUCCUCACGCUCUUCCCCAACGGCGGCGGCACCUACUCCAGCUCCUUCCUCGGCGAGCCCUUCUUCAGGGGCGGCAUCUAG